AUGGCAAAGAGGUUGAAGUGUGUCUUGCCAAAGCUCAUUGAUGAGAGUCAAUCUGCUUUCCUACGGGUGAGGGUUAUGCUAGAUAGCGUCCUUAUAGCAAAUGAGGUUGCCCAUGAUGCUAAAAGAAGGGGAGUACCAACCAUGGUGUUCAAGGUUGACUAUGAGAAGACGUAUGACUCUGUGAAGUGGAGUUUCCCCUUCUAUAUGCUUGGGAGAAUGAACUUUCAUGAAAAGUGGAUUGAAUGGAUUCAAGGAUGCUUGUGUUCUUCAACGGUGUCGGUUUUUGUCAAUGAUAGCCUCAUGGAAGAUUUCAAAAUGGAGAAAUGCCUUAGGCAAAGGGAUCUGAUUGCCCAUUUUCUAUUUCUCAUAGUGGCCGAAGGAAUAAGCGGGAUGUUGAAUAGUGCUAUCUCUCUUGGAAGGUUCUCUCCUUACACUUUUGGAAACUCUAGCUCCUUUAGUGUCUCUCUUCUCAAGUUCGAGGAUCACACCUUAUUUAUUGGUGAUGGUCUACUCAAAAUUGGUCACCUUGAAAAGUAUCCUCCGUUGUUUUGA